AAAAAUGGCGAUCGAGGUAAAGCGAGAGAGGAACGCUGUUUGGUGUAAGCUUUAUAUCCUGCCGAAGAGCAUCUUCGUCCUCAGGUAUCCGCCGUCCGUCGUACGAAGCAUCUGCACUUCAAUAUUUACAAAUACCUUAUAAACACAAUAUGGAAGAAGACGAGCAAAAAACUGCAGUGAUGAGGAAAGCAUUCCAAAUGUUCGACACGACGAAAAGCGGGUUCAUCGACACACUCAAGAUCUCAACGAUUCUCAACACGAUGGGUCAGCUCUUCGACGACUCGGAGCUCAACGCCAUCAUCGCCGAAAACGAUCCGGACCGUACGGGGAAAGUCAGCUUCGAUGGCUUCUGCCGAAUCGCUGGACGCUUCCUGGAGGAGGAAGACGCCGAGGCGAUGCAAGAGGAACUCAAGGAAGCUUUCCGCCUCUACGAUCGCGAGGGCAACGGUUACAUAACGACCGCUACACUCAAAGAGAUUCUCGGUGCUCUCGACGACAAACUCACGAGUUCCGAUCUCGAUGGCAUCAUCGCCGAGAUCGAUACCGACGGCUCCGGGACGGUGGACUUUGACGAGUUCAUGGAGAUGAUGACCGGGGAAUAGGUCGGUGAGGUACCGCUCCGCGGAGACGAAUGCGCUCGAGAGCGUGAUAAACGCGAUUGUAAAUAAAUUUCUUGUCGUCUCAAUACGAGAGAGCAGGAUAAAAAGUUGGAAAGCAAGAGCCACCGAACCUCAUUGUACAUUGUCAUAACGAUCGACUUCGACUUUAACGCAAUUUGUAAUAAAAAUAUUAACUAUGAAAA